AUGUCAGUUUUUAUUGGGACGAGCCUUGGGGAUAUAGUGAUUGAUCUUUACACAGACACAUGUCCUCUGACCUGCAAGAAUUUCCUCAAGCUCUGCAAGUGCAAUUACUACAAAGGGUGCGUCUUUCACAAUGUGCAAAAGGGUUUCAUUGCACAGACAGGCGAUCCAACCGGCACAGGAACUGGUGGAGAUUCAAUAUACAAAUUCCUUCACGGUGAGCAUGUUCGUUUUUUCGGCCAUGAGAUCCAUCCCGAAUUAAAACACUCGAAGACUGGCACCGUUGCAAUGGCCAGUGCUGGUGAAAAUCUCAAUGCCUCCCAGUUCUAUAUCACACUUCGUGACGAUUUGGACUAUCUUGAUGGAAAACACACCGUGUUUGGGCAAAUCGCUGAUGGGCUUGACACUUUGACUAAGAUAAAUGAAGCUUACGUCGAUGCAGAAAACAGACCAUUUAUUAAUAUUGUAAUCACAGACAUACAUAUAUUUGAAGAUCCAUUUGAAGAUCCUCCACAGCUAAGUAAGAUGAUAGCAGAUGCUCCCCUUGAAGGUGUCAAACAUGUAAGACUUGAAGCUGGUUGGGUUCCUUUGGAUGAAAAACUUUGUCCACAGGAACUGGUCGAUGUUAUCCGCGAAAAGGCUGCACAUUCUAGUGCCGUUAUACUUGAAUGUAUAGGAGAUAUCCCUGAGGCUGAGGUAAAACCUCCUGACAAUGUGUUGUUUGUCUGUGAUCUGAAUCCUGUAACUGAGGGUGAGGACCUCCACACCAUUUUUUCACGCUUUGGAACGGUCAUAUCGGCUGAUGUCAUCCGAGAUUCCAAGACGGGUAAUAGCUUGUGCUAUGCUUUUAUAAAGUUUGAGACUAAGGAAGCAUGCGAACAAGCGGUUUUAAAGAUGGCCGGUGCUUUGAUCGAUGAUAGAAGAAUACGUGUAGAUUUCAGUCAGAGUGUAUUUGAAAUUUGGCGGCAGUUCCAGCGGAAAGACUCCCAACAACAUGGUAAAGGGUCGGCAGAUCAUGUUGCUAAAGACUACGGAAUGGUGUUUGAGGGUGAUCUACUUAAAAGUCCCAAGAGGGAGAAGAGAGAGCAUAGUCGCCAUGGCAGUGAGAAGAUACAUAGGAGAAGUCUUCAUGGUUAUGGUGAAGGCUAA